AUGGGCAUCAACGGAACGCGCAGGACUUUGGCGCAAAAUGGCCCAUACAGCAAUUCGCGUGUGUCCAUCAGCAUCAGCGGGGACAGUGCUACACGCAUACACUCCAGCGUAACGUCCGUGUUCGUCUCUAUCAACCGUGUGUUGGCAUUUGCGUUGACUGACGAUCUAGAUGCGAGAACAGCUUUCCUUAUGGUGAAGAAAGCAGGGUCCAAGACACCAGCGGCACCGAGGCGGUGCUGCAGUACAAUCGCGUCUAGGUCAAGUGUGGUACUGGUGAUACCCGAAGGCAACGAUGAGUACUCUAUGUUCAGCUGGUCGAUGCCAAUUUUGAAAAUGCCAUCGAUAUCCGCCUCUAAGCGCUGCAUUGUCAAUGCAAAAGUCGCUGAACUGUUGCUACCGCUGUUACCCCCGCCACCACCACCACCAAUACUACCUGUCGUUGCCGCUAACGAUACUUCACUCGCCCCCGUUGCCACCGUCAGCGCGUUCGUUGUGCUGGCAGCGGUUGUGGGAGCAGAAGCUCCGCCUAUCUGCUGUGGGCCAGGUGAGGGGUUCAACGACCGCCUUUUCGCCGAAGUGCUCAAAGCGACAUGCGUGGCGGCGCUGGCAGCCGUUAUAUUGGCCUCUUGA